AUGCAAUCAGAUCAACCAACACUCAACAAUAAAGUUGAAUUAUAUUUCAAAUGUAGAAAAUUAAAAGAUCUUGAUGUUUUCAGUAAAUCAGAUCCCCAAGUUUUCUUUUUUACAAAAAAAGCAAACAGCGAUUGGAAACUUGAAGGUACAACAGAAAAGAUCAACAAUAAUCUCAAUCCAGAAUUUAAAAAAUCAAUUAGUACAGUCUACCAUUUCGAAGAGAUCCAACAAAUUAAAUUUGUAGUUUUAGAUAUCGAUAAAGAAAUUAAAUUAUUCAAAGAUUUCGAUGAUAACGAUACAAUUGGUGAAUGUACCACCACUUUAGGUAACAUUAUUUCAAAACCUGGUAAAAGAUUUGUAGCACCACUUAUAUAUAAAGGUAAAAACAGAGGCGAAAUUGAAGUUACUGCUGAAGAAGUUUAUGAAACUCGUCAAAACAUCUUGUUUAAAAUUAAUGGUAGUAAUUUAGAUAAAAAAGAUAUAUUCACAAGUGAUCCUUACUUUAAAAUAUAUAAAACCAACCCAGCCAAUCCAGACAGUAAUAUUUUAGUAUAUCAAAGUCCAGUAAUUAAAAACACCCUUAACCCAAAAUAUGAAAAAUUCACAGUUAAAUUAGAGCAACUAAAUGGUGGGGAUAUGUUUAGGGAAUUAUUAUUUGAAUUCUGGGAUUAUGAUUCAGUUAGCGCCCAUGAUUUUAUUGGUAUGUUUAGAGUCAAUACUGAUGAAUUACUUAGAGGUGUAAAAAAAGAAAUGGCAUUAAUUAACCCAAAAAAAGUUAGUAAAUCAUCAUAUCAUAACUCUGGUAUUAUUCACUUUGAACAAGUUGCAUUAGUUGGCGAACCAUCAUUUAUAGAUUAUAUUUCAGGUGGAUGUGAAAUUAAUUUAAUUGUAGCAAUUGACUGUACUGCUUCAAAUGGUAGUCCAUUGUCUGAAGGCUCGUUACACUAUAACUCACCAAGCUCUCCAUCUCAAUAUGCCAAAGCAAUUCGUUCAGUCGGCUCAGUUUUAGCUCCAUAUGAUACCGAUGGUAAUAUCGAUGUUGUAGGUUUUGGUGGCAAAUAUGGUUUUAGUACAUCCCAUUGCUUCCCAUUUGCAGGAGGUGAAGCUAAAGGUGUCGAAUCAUUACUAAUCAAAUAUUGUGACCAUAUUAAAAGUAUCGAGUUAAGCUAUCCUACUAAUUUUGAAGAUGUAGUUCGUUUUGCAAUGAAGAAAUCAAGUAAAGAUUUUUCAUCAAAGUCAUUCCAAAAAAAACCUAAAUAUAGCAUUUUAUUAAUUUUAACCGAUGGUGAAAUUUCAGACAUGGAAAAAACAGUCUCUGCAGUUAUUGAAGCCUCUGGAUUACCAUUAUCAAUUGUUAUUGUUGGUGUAGGUAGUUCAUCAUUUAGUAAUAUGAACACUUUAGAUGGUGAUGAUGGUUUGUUAACAGAUAGAAAAGGUAAUCAAGCUAAAAGAGAUAUAGUUCAAUUUGUCGAAUUCUUAAAGUAUGAACACCAAAUUACAGAACUCGCAAGCGAAACUCUCAGAGAAAUUCCUUCCCAACUUGUUUCUUUUAUGCGUUCAAACAAUAUUCUUCCAACUCCACAAUAA